AUGUCAACUUCCGAAGCCAUCCACCAAUGCGUAUUCAUUUACCCUAAGCCUGAUAAGCUGGACCAGGUUAGGCAGAUUUUCAAGCAGCUUGCGGACGCGGCCCAGGCUGACGAACCGGGCUCACUUGUUUGGGCCGUGCAUGAGCGUGAUAUUUCCGCGGGGGAACCAAUGAUUGUCGUGUGGGAGAUAUACGAAAACGCUGCGGCACGACUCGCGCAUCGGCAGAAUCCUGUGCAUGUCAAGCUUGUUCGCGUGCUUACCGAAGACGGACUGUUUGCGCGACCGGUAGAGAUUAUGCCGCUUAAUCACUUGGCUGGCAGCCUUGGGCCUGGGUUGAAAAAGGUGUAG